AUGGCGAAUUGGAGAAAAAACCAAACGAUCAGUAAUCGUGAAGUGGGUCACCGGAGAUCCUCAUCUUAUUACGGAAAACCGCCUUUGAAUAAUAGGUUUUCGACCGUGCUUCCUUUAUGGGAUAAGAGGUAUAUGGAAUCGCAUGCCAAAGUGAUGAAGUGGGAAGACUAUGCUGUCAAACAGGCUUUUUACGAUGCAAAAUUCAGGUAUUGCGCUGCGAUCAACGGCUAUCGCUGGGACAUUCCGUUGCCUGAUCCGGACAUGUACAUCGAUGAUGUUGAUUGGGGUGCAAGUGUUGAUCCUGAACUCUAUCUGGAUUUGGAUAGAGAAGACGAGGCCAGACGAAACAUGAUAGCAAAGAGCGAGGAGGAGAGUGUGAUUCUGGGAAUAGAAGGAAUUGAACCUACUGGAUGGGGGGACGAUGACGAAGAAGUAACAAAGCCUCGGGAACCAAGUUAUGGUGCUGAUGAAAAUAAUGAAAUCAACUCUUGGGAAGAGAUUGAUUCUCAAAGAUGGACUCCAAAGGAGCACUAUAUUGCUGAUUUUUCAAACAUGUAUCAAGCAAGAAAUGAUGGAUAUGACAGAAGAAAGAAUAACAUGUCAUGGUCUAAGAACCAUGGUAAUAGUGACUAUCAAAUUCAAAUGAAUCAAGGAAGAAGAAAUGGAAGAGGAGGAAGAAGGAAGAGGGGGAAUUAUAGUUAUGCAGCCAAGGUAGCAGCUACUCCCAAUUUAUGA